UGGCCCAGUUGAGUUCCAAGCGUCGGUCACUGCAGUUGCCAUCUAGAAAUCGUGCGGAACCAGUCAGUCUAGGGAGUGGAAACCGAUCCUAUACGAUCCGAUUCUAUUCGACCUCGUCUUCAAAACUCACAUCACAAAACUAGACAAAGGCACACGCAGAGUGCUUUUUGGAUAUAGCCGAUGUUGAUCACACUAUUAGGCACUCUGGCUGCUUUUCUCGCAUUCCUCUUGACAUUGAUCUUUGGCCGCGGCCAGAAAAGAUUCAAACCAAUCCAAUCGGAAGCAACAGCAUCGGCCACGACAGCAACAACUAGCGCCAGCGACAACAACAAAACGAAUCACAGCUCCAGCGUGAUUGCAGCUACAGCAACAACAACGACAACAAUUAGAAAUCCCUCGGCUGCAUCAGCAACACCAUCAUCCGCAGUAACAGCAGCCGUUAAAGCGGGAGAAAAGCGAAUUCCAAAGGCCUGUAUCAAAAAAGUCAAGUUCUCCAGCGAGAGCCUUAAGUCCGACGUUGAGGAGCUGUGCGAAAAGCUGCAGGAUAGCGCACUGACUGACCUGAGCAACGACAACAUCCGCAUUACCUGCCAUCAGAACAACAACAACAGCAUCAGCAAGAAUAAGAACAAUAACCUGAACAACAUUGACAUCAACAUAAGCAAAAUGAGCGAAACAAAUGAGUCCAACGACACGGCAGUCCAAUCGGCGGAAGGCGAGAGGCCCAGCUUUUUGGUGGGCGACGAGAUCGAUGAGAAGGCCGCCGAGGCUGGCGAGGCCUGCGAUGAGUUCCCCCAGAAGAUGCAGAGCGAUAUUCGUCAGGGUAACGACAUUUCCGAGCGUCGCAAGCGGUUAAGGCCGAGUAUGUCCCGAGGCACUGGUCUAGGCCAGGAUCGCCAUCAGGAUCGAGAUUUCCACAUCGCCACCACCGAGGAGUUCGUGAAGCGCUUCGGCGGCACCCGUGUGAUCAACCGAGUACUGAUCGCCAACAAUGGAAUUGCAGCGGUCAAGUGCAUGCGUUCCAUCCGGAGAUGGGCCUACGAGAUGUUCAAGAACGAGCGGGCCAUUCGGUUUGUGGUGAUGGUCACGCCGGAGGAUCUGAAGGCGAACGCCGAGUACAUCAAGAUGGCGGAUCACUACGUGCCCGUGCCCGGCGGAUCGAACAACAACAACUACGCCAACGUUGAGCUCAUUGUGGACAUUGCGCUUCGCACCCAAGUGCAGGCUGUGUGGGCUGGUUGGGGUCAUGCCUCCGAGAACCCAAAGCUGCCAGAGCUGCUCAACAAGGAGGGUCUGGUGUUCCUUGGCCCCCCGGAACGUGCAAUGUGGGCGCUUGGCGACAAGGUGGCCUCCUCAAUUGUUGCCCAAACGGCUGAGAUUCCCACCCUGCCGUGGUCCGGCUCCGACCUGAAGGCGCAGUACAGUGGCAAGAAGAUUAAGAUAUCCAGCGAGCUUUUCGCCCGCGGAUGUGUGACCAAUGUGGAACAGGGUCUGGCCGCAGUUAGCAAGAUUGGCUUCCCCGUGAUGAUCAAGGCCUCGGAGGGAGGUGGUGGCAAGGGCAUUCGUCGCGUAGACACCUCCGAGGAGUUUCCGGGUUUGUUCCGCCAGGUCCAAGCCGAGGUGCCCGGAUCACCCAUUUUCGUGAUGAAGCUGGCCCGCGGAGCUCGUCACUUGGAGGUGCAACUGCUGGCGGAUCAGUACGGCAACGCCAUCAGCUUGUUUGGCCGUGACUGCUCCAUCCAGCGACGCCAUCAGAAGAUUAUCGAGGAAGCCCCUGCCAUCGUGGCCCAGCCGGAGGUGUUUGAGGACAUGGAGAAGGCCGCAGUGCGACUGGCCAAGAUGGUGGGCUACGUAAGCGCCGGAACCGUGGAGUACUUGUACGACCAGGAGGGACACUACUUCUUCCUGGAGCUGAAUCCGCGUCUGCAGGUGGAGCAUCCGUGUACCGAGAUGGUGGCUGAUGUGAAUCUGCCCGCCUGUCAGCUCCAGAUUGGAAUGGGAAUUCCGCUAUAUCGGCUCAAGGACAUCCGUCUUUUGUACGGAGAAUCUCCAUGGGGCUCCUCUGUCAUUGACUUCGAGAGCCCUCCGAACAAGCCUCGUCCCUCUGGUCAUGUCAUCGCUGCUCGAAUCACCUCUGAAAAUCCCGACGAGGGCUUUAAGCCCAGCUCGGGAACCGUGCAGGAGCUGAACUUUCGCUCCAGCAAGAACGUGUGGGGCUACUUCAGUGUGGCCGCCAGUGGAGGAUUGCACGAGUUCGCCGACUCCCAGUUUGGACAUUGUUUCUCCUGGGGCGAGAAUCGUCAGCAGGCUCGAGAGAAUUUGGUGAUUGCCCUGAAGGAGCUGUCCAUUCGUGGUGAUUUCCGAACCACUGUGGAGUACCUGAUUACUCUUCUGGAGACGAAUCGCUUCUUGGACAACAGUAUCGACACCGCCUGGUUAGAUGCCCUGAUUGCCGAACGUGUGCAGUCCGAGAAACCGGACAUCCUGCUGGGCGUGAUGUGCGGAUCGCUGCACAUCGCAGAUCGUCAGAUCACCGAAAGCUUCUCCAGCUUCCAGACCUCUUUGGAAAAGGGUCAAAUCCAGGCGGCCAACACUUUAACCAACGUCGUGGAUGUAGAGCUCAUCAACGAUGGCAUCCGUUACAAGGUGCAGGCUGCCAAGAGCGGAGCCAACUCGUACUUUCUGCUGAUGAACAGCUCGUUCAAGGAGAUCGAAGUUCACCGCCUGUCCGACGGGGGUCUGCUCAUCUCCCUGGAGGGUGCCUCCUACACCACGUACAUGAAAGAGGAGGUAGAUCGCUACCGCAUCGUGAUUGGCAACCAGACCUGCGUCUUCGAGAAGGAGAACGACCCCUCGCUGCUGCGCAGUCCGUCGGCGGGAAAGCUCAUCAAUAUGCUCGUCGAGGAUGGAGCCCAUGUGGCCAAGGGUCAGGCCUUCGCUGAGAUUGAGGUGAUGAAGAUGGUGAUGACUCUCACCUCUCAAGAGGCGGGCACAGUGACGUUUGUGCGUCGCCCGGGAGCAGUUUUGGAUGCCGGAUCUCUGCUGGGCCAUCUUGAGCUUGACGAUCCCUCGCUGGUCACUAAGGCGCAGCCAUUUAAGGGCCAGUUCACGCAGCCGGAGAAUGCUCCAGUGCCGGAGAAGCUGAAUAGGGUGCAUAACACCUACAAGAGCAUCCUGGAAAACACGCUGGCUGGCUAUUGCCUGCCGGAGCCGUUCAAUGCCCAGCGACUAAGGGACAUCAUCGAGAAGUUCAUGCAGAGCCUGCGAGAUCCCUCUCUGCCUCUGCUGGAGUUGCAGGAGGUUAUCGCCUCCAUUUCGGGCCGCAUCCCCAUCUCCGUGGAGAAGAAGAUCCGCAAGCUGAUGACGCUGUACGAGCGGAACAUCACCAGUGUCCUGGCCCAGUUUCCAUCGCAACAGAUCGCGAGCGUAAUCGACAGUCAUGCGGCAACGCUGCAGAAGCGUGCUGACCGCGACGUCUUCUUCCUGACCACCCAGACCAUUGUGCAGCUGGUGCAACGCUACCGGAAUGGCAUCCGCGGCAGAAUGAAGGCCGCCGUGCACGAGCUGCUGCGUCAGUACUACGACGUGGAGUCGCAGUUCCAGCACGGCCACUACGACAAGUGCGUGGGAUUGGUGCGGGAGCACCACAAGGACGACAUGUUGACGGUGGUCAACACCAUCUUCUCGCACUCCCAGGUGGCCAAGAAGAAUCUGCUGGUCACCCUGCUCAUCGAUCACCUGUGGGCCAACGAACCCGGACUGACGGAUGAGCUGGCCAACACGCUGAGCGAACUGACCUCCCUGAACCGAGCGGAGCACUCGAGGGUGGCUCUGCGAUCCCGCCAAGUGCUUAUCGCUGCCCACCAGCCGGCCUACGAGCUGCGCCACAACCAAAUGGAGUCGAUCUUUUUGUCGGCCGUCGACAUGUACGGCCAUGAUUUCCACCCGGAGAACCUGCAACGCCUAAUUCUGUCUGAGACGUCCAUAUUCGACAUUCUGCACGACUUCUUCUAUCACUCUAACCGCGCUGUGUGCAACGCCGCUCUGGAGGUUUAUGUGAGGAGAGCCUACACCUCCUACGAGCUGACUUGCCUGCAGCAUCUGGAGCUCUCCGGCGGUCUGCCGCUGGUGCACUUCCAGUUCCUCCUUCCCACCGCUCAUCCGAACAGGCUGUUCUCGCGCAUGUCCUCGCCCGAUGGAUUGGAUCAGGCGGCGGCCGAGUCCCUGGGAAACUCAUUCGUGCGCACUGGUGCGAUAGCGGCCUUUGACUCCUUCGAGCACUUCGAGAUGUACUCGGACGAAAUUCUGGAUCUGUUGGAGGACUUUGUCUCGCCGGCCAUGGUCAACGCCAAGGUGUUGGAGGCCGUGGAGGCGGCGGACUCCAUUUCGGAUAGCCGGCACAGCACCUCGAUCAACGUAUCGCUGUCGGAUCCCGUGACCCGGGCUAAUGCUGCCGAGGAGGCCAAGUCCACGGAACCUAUUCAUAUCGUUAGCGUUGCAGUGAGGGAAACCGGAGAGUUGGAUGAUCUGCAGAUGGCCCAGAUCUUUGGCAAUUACUGUCAGGAGCACAACGAGGAGCUUUUCCAGCGGCGCAUCCGCAGGAUUACGUUCGCCGCUCUGAAGAAGCGACAGUUCCCGAAGUUCUUCACCUAUCGAGCCAGGGACAAGUUCACGGAAGAUCGUAUUUACCGACAUCUGGAGCCUGCGUCUGCUUUCCACCUCGAACUGAAUCGCAUGAAGACAUACGACCUUGAGGCUCUGCCCACGGCUAACCAGAAGAUGCAUCUCUAUCUCGGCAAGGCCAAGGUUUCCAAGGGUCAGGAGGUCACGGAUUACCGAUUCUUUAUUCGCUCGAUCAUUCGCCACUCGGAUCUGAUCACCAAGGAAGCAUCAUUCGAAUAUCUGCAGAACGAAGGAGAGCGCGUGCUACUGGAGGCCAUGGAUGAGCUGGAGGUGGCCUUCUCGCACCCGCACGCCAAGCGCACCGACUGCAACCACAUCUUCCUGAACUUUGUGCCCACCGUCAUAAUGGAUCCGGCAAAGAUUGAGGAAUCCGUAACAAAGAUGAUCAUGCGCUAUGGUCCCCGUCUGUGGAAGUUGCGUGUGCUGCAGGCUGAGCUCAAGAUGGUCAUCCGCCAGUCGCCACAGUCACCCACUCAGGCAGUGCGUCUGUGCAUUGCAAACGACUCGGGCUACUUCCUGGAUAUUUCCAUGUACACGGAACAGACGGAACCGGAAACAGGAAUCAUCAAGUUCAAGGCUUAUGGAGAAAAGCAGGGAUCUCUGCACGGUCAUCCCAUCUCCACUCCCUACAUGACCAAGGACUUCCUGCAGCAGAAACGCUUCCAGGCGCAGUCAAACGGCACCACCUAUGUCUAUGACGUGCCGGACAUGUUCCGCCAGAUGACCGAGCGUCACUGGAGGGAAUUUUCGAAGGCGCGGCCCACAGUGGACAUCCGCAUCCCCGACAAGAUUCUUAUCGAGUGCAAGGAGCUGGUCCUUGAGGGCGACAGUCUGGUAGAAAUGCAGCGUCUGCCUGGCGAAAACAAUUGCGGCAUGGUAGCUUGGCGCAUUGUCCUGGCUACUCCGGAAUACCCGAAUGGCCGUGAGAUCAUUGUGAUAGCCAACGACUUAACCUACCUGAUUGGUUCCUUCGGCAUUAAGGAGGACGUGCUGUUCGCCAAGGCCUCGCAGUUGGCCCGCCAACGCAAAGUGCCCAGGAUAUACAUCUCCGUGAACAGCGGUGCCCGUAUCGGACUUGCUGAGGAGGUGAAGGCAAUGUUCAAGAUCGCAUGGGAGGAUCCAGAGGAGCCAGACAAGGGUUUCAAGUACCUCUACCUCACCACCGAGGACUACGCACAGGUCGCCAGCUUAAAUUCGGUGAGAGCUAUCCUCAUCGAGGACGAGGGCGAGCAGCGCUACAAGAUAACCGACAUUAUCGGCAAGGACGACGGCUUGGGCGUGGAGAACCUGCGCUACGCUGGUCUGAUUGCCGGUGAGACGUCACAGGCCUACGAGGAAAUCGUAACCAUCGCCAUGGUCACCUGCCGCACCAUCGGUAUUGGGUCGUAUGUGGUGCGUCUAGGCCAGCGCGUCAUCCAAAUCGACAACUCGCACAUUAUACUCACGGGCUACGCUGCGCUGAACAAGCUGCUUGGACGCAAGGUGUACGCCUCCAACAACCAACUGGGUGGCACCCAGAUUAUGUUCAACAACGGAGUCACGCACAAGACUGAGGCUAUCGAUCUAGACGGCGUCUACACCAUCCUCGACUGGCUCUCUUACAUCCCCGCCUACAUUGGGUGCGACCUGCCAAUUGUCCUGCCCAGCGAUCGAAUCGAUCGACCUGUGGACUUCAUGCCCACCAAGUCGCCGUACGAUCCGCGCUGGAUGCUCGGUGGCCGAGUGAAUCCCGUGAAUGCCAACGAAUGGGAGAACGGCUUCUUCGACCGCGACUCGUGGAGCGAAAUCAUGGCGUCGUGGGCCAAGACGGUCGUCACCGGACGCGCUCGACUGGGCGGUGUUCCCGUGGGCGUAAUUGCCGUGGAGACACGGAGUGUGGAAGUUGAGAUGCCCGCCGAUCCCGCGAAUCUCGACUCGGAGGCCAAGACCCUGCAGCAGGCGGGUCAGGUGUGGUAUCCGGAUUCCUCGUAUAAAACAGCACAAGCCAUCAAGGACUUUGGGCGGGAGGAGCUCCCGCUGAUCGUAUUCGCCAACUGGCGUGGCUUCUCCGGCGGCAUGAAGGACAUGUACGAGCAGAUCGUCAAGUUCGGUGCCUACAUCGUCGACGGCCUGAGGGAAUACAAGAAGCCGGUGCUCAUCUACCUGCCUCCCAAUGCCGAGCUGCGAGGUGGAGCCUGGGCUGUGCUGGAUUCCCUCAUCAACCCGCGUUACAUGGAAACGUAUGCUGAUCCGGAGGCACGAGGUGGAGUGCUCGAGCCGGAGGGCAUUGUUGAGAUUAAGUACAAAGAAAAGGACCUGGUCAAGACGAUACAUCGCUUGGAUCCAACCACGAUUGCGCUGAAAAAGGAGUUCGAUGAUGCGAAUGCCUCCGGAGACAAGGUCAAGGCUGCCCAGAUGGACGAAAAGAUCAAGGCACGCAUCUCUGUUUUGAUGCACGUCUAUCACACGGUAGCAGUUCACUUUGCCGAUCUGCACGACACACCUGAGAGGAUGUUAGAGAAGGAGUGCAUCAGUGAAAUUGUUCCCUGGCGCGAUUCUCGCCGCUGGCUCUUCUGGCGCCUGCGCCGUCUACUACUCGAGGAUGCUUACAUCAAAAAGAUCCUGCGCGCCCAGGACAAUCUCUCCGUGGGCCAGGCUAAGCAGAUGCUGCGCCGCUGGCUCGUAGAAGAAAAGGGAGCCACUGAGGCUUACCUGUGGGACAAAAACGAGGAAAUGGUGGGCUGGUAUGAGGAGCAGAGCAAUGCCGAAUCCAUUGUUUCCCGAAACGUGAAUUCCGUCAGACGGGACGCCAUUAUUUCAACCAUUUCAAAAAUGCUCGAGGAUUGCCCCGACGUAGCGCUGGACGCUGUGGUGGGACUCUGCCAAGGCUUAACGCCCGUAAAUCGGGGAGUAGUCGUACGCACACUAGCCCAAAUGCAGCUGAAUGAGGAGACCUCUAACACCAACCAGGGAUGAUUCUACGCUAUGUUCUAAGUUCUUUUUAGGCCCUUCUUUUCACCCCUUCCCCAUCCCGCCUCCCACCACAUCUCUCAGACCCGUUUUGCGCUUGUAAAAUACCGCAAAGCCUUGCAUGACGUGCAUUUUGUUUAGUUGAAUUUGUUUAAACGUAAUUAGCCUAAAUCUAGUUAUGUAUUGGAGUUGUAAGCAUGGGUAAAUUGUUGCCAAAUGGCCCCGAUAAGCUAGUUGUAUCGUGUACAUAUUCGAUUAUGUAUAUCCCUGGGAUACAAAUCAUUCCAAUAGUUGUCUAAGAACUAAAGUCCUUUGUACACAGAGCUUUUUGAAUUAUACGAGUUACUGAAAAUAUACAUAUAUAUGGUACAAUACAAUUUUUUUAAAAAUCGGUA